AUGGAGGACGUUUAUGCUGAAGGGGUGGAGAAGAUUGACUUCUCCAGGCUGCGUCGGCAAAAGAAGGAGGUGAACCUAGCCAUGCAUCGGCAGGAGGUUCCCUUGGUGAACGUCUUCCUGGAAGGCGUGAAGUGUGACCCUGAGGUUCUGGUGAGGACACCGGCCACUUCCUAUGCAGAUCGGGCCCAGAAGACGUUUCUUACCCAUGCCUAUGCCAAUGGUGAGAUGUAUGUGAACAUGGCCAAGGCAAAUACGGAGAUUAAGAGGUUGAAGAGGCGCAAUGAGAUGGCCAAGGACAAGAUAGCGGAGGCGUAG